UCCCCUAUCGCUAUUCCCAUUUUGUUCCCUCUCCUUUCCCAAUUUCCCACCGUGAUUUUCUCUUCUUCAACAUCUCGUCGUUCAUUCAUUCGCUCAUUUUCAGCCACAAAAUACUUGACUUCAUACACUCGUUAUCAGUAUUCAAAAUGUCUUCUGCUCUCGUCACCUCUCUCCCCAUCUUUGCUGGGGCGGGCGCGUCAACGACUCUCGUCGCCGAAGUCCUCGGCGCAGACGCGGAUCAUACAACAUACGUUCUCAACUGCCCCUACGUUGACCCCGAGAGCGAAGAGUUCCAUACCAUGGACGACUGCGGUGUCUACAACAACACGUACAUCAUUGGACCCUACAUGAGCAAGACCCUUCCCCCUGGUGCCGCCAGCACAGGCGACUUUGAUCUCUUCAUCACCAUGCCCGGCGACAAGGAGGAUGACUGGAGAUUCUCCGUGCACUGCGAAAUGUCGCGUACCGUCGCGCAAAAGUGCACCACUAUCAACGUUGGCGGCAACGAUGAUGGCCAUCCCACCGCGACUCUCACCAACACUGAAGAUCUUGAGGAUUACGGAUUUAGAACAUUCGAUUACGGUGCUGUUUCUAUCACUGCUGGUCAGGAACUACUCAACGCUAAACACGCGAGCGCCACUGCAACUGCUAGCGACGCCACCAAGACUAAGGCUUCGGGAAGCGAUGCUAGUGGAUCUGAGACCUCUGGUGAAGCUACGCCCGUUAACACAUCUGGUGCCUCGUCGUCUUUCACGCGUGUGUUUGGUGCUCUGUCUCUGGCCGGUGUUGCUGCUGCCCUCGUUAUGUAAAGUUCUGGCUCGGAACAACUCUACGUAUUUGCACAAUUCUUUGUAUAGAUAGGUAAUCAGUAAUGAAGGGUUAGGGUUGGGGAUGGCAGGUCUCGUAAUGCAUAGGAUUAGGCUUGAUGUUUACACUUUAGGCAGUCGAUACAGAUGAAUUAAUGUUUUGCCCCCUA